UGGUCUUGAUAAAAACGGCGAAGGUCUGACAAGAGCAAAGAUGCAGAACUGGAUCAUAUUACAGCUGUUUCUUGCAUUUCUAUGGUUCAAUGUUUCCAUAUAUACAGUGGAUUCACAGGAACCAUGCAGUUCACCUGAUCCUAAUAUUGCUGGAACUGUGUACGAGUCCACUUUUUCUUCUUUUGAUCCAAACUCGCCACUCUAUAGGACAGACACAACGAUAGAAGGAAUAAAUCAGGGGACUCAGACAGCGUCAGGAGUCAACAUAACUUUUGUUCGAUCACCUAAGACCCCUGUUGAUCUUAAUUUAGAUAAUCUGUUUGAAUUGAUAAGUUAUCCAGUAUCAGGAUCACAAUUUGGAACUAGGACUUUUAUCCGGUUAAAAUCAGCAAUUGACAGAGAUGGAAGUUCCUAUAUAGCUAGUGAUGAUCUUGACACUAUUGAAUUUCAAUUAUCUUGUCGUUCUUUGAAAGACCCAACCCAGAUAUUGUUUUUCCUGAUGCAGCUGGAGAUUCGAGAUAUAAAUGAUAAUGCACCCAUAUUUGUAAAUGCUCCUUAUUCUGCUUCAGUCGAUGAGUCGGCACCAGUGGGAACAAGUUAUUCUGGAAUAACAGCUACAGAUCUGGAUGCAGGAAGCAACAAAGAAAUAGCGUAUGCCAUAAUUCCCGGUGAUGGAAGUAUUAAUGAUGGCUCAUCCAGAUUUGCACUUCCUAUCACUUCAAGAGGAGAAAUAGUUGUCAGCAAUUCUUUAGACUUUGAAUCUGUUCGGUCAUACACCCUCACCAUAUCUGCAACAGACAAAGCCAGCAAUGUUGCAAAUAGGAAACAGACUAUCACUACCAUCACAGUAACUAUAAAUGAUGUGGAUGAUUUAGGACCCAAAUUUGUGUAUUCCUCCUGUUUUAAUGUCAACAAUGUUUGUUUCAAUCCAACUUACACAACAAGCGUCACAUCUGGGUCAACGGCUGACACGCUUGUAUUUAACCCAGUGCCCGUGGUUCCUGGGAAUCCCAGUGCAGCGGUUGACAUCGUUGCAGAGGACAGGGACACUCUUAAUGCUCCAAUCACCUUUACAAUACGACAAACCUUGCCUUCUGGAUUUGAAAACAUAUUCCAAGUGACCACACAACAAGUGUCUGGCUCAGCAAGUCAAUACCGUGCCCUUGUAAGCCAGACAGCAGCAAUUGAUAGGGCCCAAGUUUCUAAUCUGGAACUUUUCAUUGAAGCUCAAGAAAAUGUUGCAAACAGAUACUCCAACAGAGCUACAAUAAAAUUAUCAGUUGCUGCAGCCAACAACAAUAAUCCAGUGCUUAGUGUACCUUUCCAAGGAUAUAUUUACGAAAAUUCACCAGUUGGAACCAUACCGAGGAAUAUUGAUGGAUCAAACCUAUUGAAAAUUACUGUUACUGAUCCUGACUUAAUUGUAGGUGAGACUGGAAAAUACACUUUCAUUGUCAACACAGGACAGUUUAGAGUAAACAGCGAAGGAUAUGUUGAAGCAGCUGCCAUAAUAAACUAUGAAUCCACUCCAACUGUCACUUUCACUGUCACAGCAACUGAAGUUGGAACCCAGAACCCAAGAAGUGGAACUGUACAAGUCACUGUAAAUGUGCGAGAUCUGAAUGACAACACUCCAGUAUUUGGUGCUCCGAGAUACGUAGACACUAUAACAGAGGGGGACUAUACUACAAACAAUCAAGUUUUAUUGGAUGUGUCUGCCAGUGAUGCAGAUAGCGGAGUAAAUGGUGACAUUGUAUACACCAUACAAAGUAUCUCAAACAAUGGGGCUUCCAAGUUUUUAAUCCAGCCAAACUCAGUAACGGGAGGGGCAAGUAUAAGUUGCAGAGGAAGUAUAGCAGAGGGGGAAAUUUAUGUCAUCAUGGUCGCUGCAACAGACCAAGGUCAACCUGUCUCUGAAAGAAGGGGUGUCAUUGAGGCCCCUGCUUUUACAAUUCAUGUCAGUGAAGCUGUUCCAAUUGCUUCAUCCGUGUUCACUGUUCCGGCUAGGGACCCAGAAGGACUACCACUGAGUUUCUCCAUCAUCUCAGGAAAUGUCAACAAUGAUUUCAACAUUAAUUCGACAACAGGAGAAGUUAGAUCACAAAGACUACUGGACAGAGAAGCCACCCCUCAGUACACAUUAAAUAUUAGAGUGCAGGAUCAGAGUGGACUGUCCGCACAGACAACCUUGACAAUCAUAAUUCAAGAUGUCAACGAUAACAAUCCUCUUUUUACACCCGCUACUUACACCUUCUCUGUACCUGAGGGAAGAUCAAAUGAAGAUGUCGGAACAGUUACAGCAACAGAUGCAGACCAAGGUACAAAUGCAAACAUUAAUUACCAAAUAUCACCUUUUUCAUCUACUGGUUCUUCUAGUUUAUUUACCAUUUUACCAUCUGGACUAAUAAGAACAACCACUCCACUAGACUACGAAACAAGAAAUUCCCAUGUGAUUCUUGUUCUGGGCAUUGAUGGAGGAGCUAGUAGUAGAACAGGAACAGCUACUGUCACUAUCAACGUUCAGGAUGUACAAGACACCAUUCCUUUGUUUACAGAGACUAACAUUGUCCGCUCUAUUCCUGAACGACAGUCAAUUGGUACAUCUGUUGUGCAAGUCACGGCCUUGGACCAGGAUGUAGUUGAUCGGAUCACUUACAAAUUCAGUGCAGGAGAAUUCAGUGUCUUUAGUGUCAACCAGAAUAGUGGCCUGAUUACAAACAACCAACUUCUCCAGUAUGAGACUAAAACUAGUUAUGUGUUCCAAGUGACAACAGUUGAAGGAGAAGGUUCCAAUGCUUUGUCUGCAACAGCAACAGUCACCAUAAAUCUAGAGGACAUCAACAAUUAUCCUCCAGUGAUUCAAGCCAUGCCUUCAAAUAUGCAGAUUCCUGAAAUCGUCCCCAUUGGAACCACUAUCAUCUCUAGUAUAACGGCAACAGACGCAGAUGGAAAGGCCCCAAACAACCAAUUUAAAUACAGUAUAACAAAUGAUACAACUGCACAGAUAUAUUUCUACAUUUAUCCAGAUUCUGGUCGAAUUUUUCUCACACAGACAAUACGGGGAAUUGGAAUCAGCCAAUUCAAUUUACAAAUAACAGCAACUGACGGAGGAACUCCGCCAUUACGCGGACAAGCGACGUUGGUUAUAAACAUUAAAGAAUCUCCUUAUGCAAACGACAGCUGUGCAUCAAAUUUGUACUCCCCAGUUUUUACUGCACCGUUGUACUUUGUUAAUGUUCUAGAAGGAGACUACUCGUUAAACAACAAAUUAUUGAUACAGAUUUCUGCCUCAGAUAACGACGUUGGUAUAAACAGUGAAAUAGUAUUUGACAUCCAAAGCGUUUCCAACAAUGGAGCUGGAAAGUUUAAGUUAGUUCAAACCGAACAGGAUGAAAAGAUCUCUAUUGUUUGCAGAAGCAGUAUUUGUAGAGGAGAAACUUACGUUAUAAUACUCCGUGCAUCCGACAUGGCUCUUCCAAUAUACAGUAGAAGAAGUUCUUCAGUUUCAAUAGAAGUUAAAGUCGCACCAUUUGAUGUGCCUUCAACUCGAUGUACCCUGAAGUGACAUUUGUAAAUCAGAAUCACAUUUCAUCAUUCCAUUUCAAAUAUUUGAAACUUUCAAGGACAUUCAGAAGUAAAUAGUUCUAGAUAUUAUGGUUGGACUUCUGACGGAUCUAGUUCUCAUCUUUCUUAGACCGAAGUUGCUUUUUUAUAUGUUCAGUAGUUUAGAGAAUGAGUUAUGCAAUAUUAAAAAAAAAACAACCAGUGUGAAUAGCUGUAGAAUCAUAUAGUUUGUUGAUUGUUGUGGAUUUUGCUCCAUUCGGCAAUAAGAAGUAAUGCGACUCAGAUUUUCUUAUAACAAGUAAUGAACAAUCUUAAGCAUUGAAUAUUGGCAAAAUAAAGUAAUUAAAAAAGGUCGAGAAUACAUGACUCAGUCAUAU